AUGAUUGUGCCUAAAUUUCUUUACUACUUUUCUUAUUACGUUUUCUCCUUCCUUCCUUCCUUCCUGUCUUCCUUCCUUCCUUCCUUCUAUCUUUUCCUUUCACCAGGGAGUGUCUGUUCUACACAUUUUAGUUUCCCCUUCCUUCCUUUCCUUCCUUCCCUUCAUUCCAUUGCUUCCUACAUUUAUUCCUUUCCUUCAUUCCUUUCCCCCCUUCCUUUCCUUCCUUACUUCCUUCUAUCUUUUCCUUUCUUCUUUUCCUUCUGUUCUUCAUUCCUUUCCUUUCCUUCCUUCUAUCUUUUCCUUCCUUCCUUCCUUUAUUCCUUCCUUUCCUUCCUUCCUUCUUUUCCUUCCUUCCUUCUUUUCCUUCCUUCCUUCCUUCUUUUCCUUCUGCUCUUCCUUCCUUUCCUUCCUUCCUUUAUUUCUUCCUUCCUUUCCUUCCUUUAUUUCUUCCUUCCUUUUCUUCCUUCCUUUCCUUCCUUCCUUUUCUUCCUUCUUUUCCUUCCUUCCUUCCUUCCUUCCUUUCCUUCCUUCAUUCCAUUCCUUCCUCCAUUUAUUCCUUUCCUUUCCUUCCUUCCUUCCUUCCUUCCUUCAUUCCAUUCCUUCCUCCAUUUAUUCCUUUCCUUCCUUCCUUCCUUCCUUCAUUCAUUCAUUCAUUCAUUCCUUUCCUUCCUUUCCUUUCUUCCUUCUUUCCUUCCUUUCCUCCUUCUUUCCUUCUUUUCCUUCCUUCCUUUCUUUCUUUCUUUCUCUCUUUCUUUCUUUCUUUCUUUCUUUCUCCACCCGUCUCAUAUAUUACCCUCUCUCGGCUAUGUAUCCACACUGACUAUCGAUUAUUCUUCACCUCUAACCUUUGGUACAAUGUCAUCACUCUUCCUUAUAUUUCUCUUUCUCUCGCUCUUCUUCAGUCUUUCUUCUUGUACUCUUAUUUAUCUUCCUUGUUCUUCCAAGCUGCCAUAA